AUGAGUUAUUUUAUCAUUAGUAUCGAACAACCAGAUAAGUCUUAUGCUGUUGCACGAAUAGAAGAAGGGGUUAUUCGUAUUACAAAAGACAAAAAUUGUAUGCCAUCAAUAUUUGAAUUAGAACGUGUAGUUGAACCUGACAAUGGGUUUAAAUUAAAAGGAGAUGGGGAGUAUUAUUAUAGAUGUAAACACGGACCUUUAAUUCCAUGUCCACAAGAAGUAGGUGAUGUUUUUGAAUAUUCGUUUGAAAAUAAAAUACUUAAAAUCAAAAGACCUGAUGAAGAAUAUGUUUGUGUAUUUAGAGAAGGGGUAUUAAUGGCAGAUCAAGUUCUUCGUGUCAAUUGGGAUAUUACUAUUCCUACAAUCAAAGUUGGAGGAUGUAUAUUUUAUUUUUUUGUUUCUUCAAUUGUUGGAAGUAGGUUAGUUACCUCAUUAUUUUUAUCACCAAUUAGUGCACAGUCAAAUAUUUGUAUUCGUCAAGGUGGAUAUGGAAAAGAAAUUAUUUGUUGUAUGGAACAUAAUGAAACAAUAGAUAAAAAAUUUUAUGUUUCUCGCAAUGGAAAUCAUUUAAUUGUUUCAAUACUCAAAGAAAAAGCAGAGUUAUUCUUAAUUAAAAAUAAUGUUCCAUAUAUUUAUUAUGAAGAUAAAACUCUUCCAUUAAUUGCUGGUGAUCAAUCUGUAAAAGGAUAUCAAGUAACAUUCCCAACAACAUUCAUAAAUUUUCAUCCACUUUAA